AUGCUAUUUCCUCAACGCCACAGGUGGCAACGUCCGUCUCUUUUCCACACAUCUGCUCGUGCUGGUAACGAACAGGCCCCCAAAUCCACCGAUCCUGCGAACAAAGAUGCCGAACAGAAGAAAGAAGGGAAAGGCGAUCCUCAACAGGAGAUGCCACCCGCCAGCCAGCUAUCGUCGAAGCGCUCCAACACGAUGGAGCUGGUGGACCUGUCCUUACGCCCCUUCCAAAACUACCCUCGUUCGCUACGUGAUCUAGCCUUAAAAGCACGCAGCUUUUCGGAAAAGAACAAGGAGGGACACCCAAAGUCCAGCAAUACCAAGAUUUUGCCAGAACGACCCACGAAGGAGGAGCUUUUGCAGAUCGCGCGUGGGUUCUGGACGCGCAUGCGCAUCCGCUUUAAGUGGUUCACCAUCCGUGGUUUUCGGCGCUUUAAUGUGGAUGAUAUCAGUGCCUUUUUUACGCUUGGUGGUCUAGGCACGGCAAUUUGGAUUAUUGUAGGUACGACUACGUUCGUAUCUGUUAUUUUCGCAGCGUUGAGUGUGUUUAAUCUGCAAGGCUGGAUCGCUAUGCAGCUAGCCAAAUUUUUAUCAGCACAGACAGGCUUCACCAUUGCGUUUGGGAGCGCCAUUGUACCCAAGUGGAAAGAAGGCUUGAUUAGUUUCAAGGAUGUGGUCAUCACCCGACGUGCAGAGCCGAUGGACCCUGAGACACUGCGCAAAGAACGUCAAGAGCGUGGUGAAGAUGAGAUGGGGAACGACCUUCAUGUUUUUGAACUCGGUCUUAGUGAUGAGCCCACCAUUCCUGCGUUUGAUACAGGUGAUGAGCUUGUGCGGCCGAUUGGCCAACCUGAGCCGCCGGCCCUGAAGAGACGCAAAGAUACCAAUUUCUCCAUGUUUGAGCUGCGUGUGGACUCGAUUGAUGUUCAGCUGAGCUUGUCACGCUGGUUUGACGGUCGUGGGAUUCUCCACAAGAUGGAUAUUCGCGGUAUUCGUGGCAUUGUGGAUCGUCGCCACGUGUUUUGGGACCCCGAUGUGCCAUGGGAUCCUAAGAAGGCGCGCCGUAAAGCGAAGCCCAAUGACUUUGAUUUGGACCAGUUCACGAUCGAAGAUUUCCUGGUGACUGUGUACCAGCCAGGCAACUUUAGGCCGUUUAAUUUGAGUAUCUUCAAUGCGCGCAUCCCUCGUCUUCGUACGCAGUGGCUGUUCUAUGAUUUACUCAAUGCCGACUCCAUUACGGGCCAAAUUGAUGGCUGCUUGUUCAGCCUGCACAAGCCGCAAAGUGUUCACCAUACGACACGAAGUAUGUACAGUCACCGCGGCAAGGAAAAUGCCCCGUACUUCCAAAACUGGUCGCGAUUGCGUGUCGAUGGUGUCAACAUUGACCACAUCCAAAAGAUGGCGGGCUUGAGUGGACCGCUGAUGUGGAUCUAUGCAGGCCGUUUCGAUAUGGUCGCUGACAUCAAAUUCCCUCGGCAAUAUGGUGAGGGGGUCGAUUUGAGCACGGUGCUGUCAGAGAUUAUUGAGAAUCUCAAUAUGACAUUCUCGCCGGACCGACCAUGGUCACAAGACGAUCUUGAUGUAUUGAUUCCCGGCCAGCCUGAGCUAAGUGGCCCAGCUCUCUCAGCGCCUAUUGCGGCGGUGGGUCCUGUGGCAGAGCGUGUACGGAAACAGCGUGCCGAGCAUGACGAGGCGGAGAGAUACAAGCGCCGCCGCCCCCGCUUCCUACCUUCUACGGCGGAAAAUCGUGCAGACACAGAGCGAGAGAAUAUGACUUUAUCAGAUCCGGCGGAUUCAUCGUCCAACAGUGUCCCACCGUCUGUGGUCAUCGAGCUGGAUGUGCGUAUGAAAGAUAUCAAAGCGUCUAUGCCGAUCUUUACGCGGGCCUUGAGCUACUCGACGUAUACGUUGGCUCGACCUAUUGUAGCAUUCAUGAAUGCCAACAAGACGCUGAUUCCCGUGCACUGCCGCGUCGUUAUGGAUCUUAGCGAAUUUGAUGGCUCCCUUGAUCUCUCUCAAACAGGCCUUCCGCCUCUGGUCUCCCAAAAGAUUUGGGAGGCGUUAGCGAAUCAUGUGGCGUCGCAACAAGCCAACAAUCAGCGUGUGCGCAAUGUAAGUCUUUGGACGUUGGAUAUCAUGUCCCAAGGGCUGCUUCGCGUAGCACGUCAAUUGCGCGACAUCUUGGUGAGAUCCAUUUCCCCUGAGGUGCCGCCUACGUAG